CCUCAAAAACUUCUUCAGAGCAAAGAAAAAGAAAAGGAAAAGAGCAAGUGCGAGAGAAAAGAGAUAUCCCUUAGACAAUGGCUCUUAUAGCCGAUGAACUCAAGGCCAAGGCUGAGGUCUACUAUGGUGAUGAGAUAUGCCAACAGUGUACCAAGCUCUUGCUCAAGGAAGCAGGCCUCCCCAAUGGUCUGCUUCCCUUAAAGGACAUAAUGGAGUGUGGUUAUGUUGAGGAAACUGGAUAUGUAUGGCUCAAGCAAAAGAAGAGGGUGGACCACGUCUUUCAGAGUCUAAGAAGGCUGGUCUCUUAUGGCACCGAGAUCACCGGCUAUGCAGAGAAGGGCAGGAUCAAGAAGGUCAAAGGGAUAAAGACCAGGGAGCUCAUGGUGUGGGUCCCAGUGGAGGAGAUUGCCCUUGAUGAAGCAACAACUGGGAAACUUAUCUGCAAGAGCAUUGCUGGGAUUUCUAAGACCUUCCCUGCAUCAGCUUUCCAUAUCCCAGAGAAGGAGAAUGAGAAGAUGAACUGUGCUGCACCAAAACCAGUAGUCCUAAUGGAGAGAACACAAGUUGUUAAAAACAACUGAUCCUUACACCAUCCACUGGGCUUUGGGUUCAUGAUCAUCAUCAACUCUUCAAUCCUAUAUACUUUAUUGUUUGGGUUCAUGGUGUGGGUCCCAGUGAACUAGUACUUUACUGUUUGUUUAUGUACUUCAAAGGUGGUAACCUUAGUUCUUCCUAUAUACUGCUAUUGUAUGAAUGCCCUGGCAUCUAUUGUCCUGUAAGACGACCACCCAACUUCCUUUCAUGUACUAUAUAGCUCUAUAUUACUAAUAUGAAGCAUGUCGUGGACUUCUAUGA